UGCUCCUUAAAAACUGCAUUUUAUUAUUGCUGCUGUCCAAGAUCAAAAACACGACUUGUCCUGAGACUUAUAAUCCUAUCCUGCCUAAUUUACAUUUAUUAUCGGUAUCGAAUGAAGGAAAAGAUGUCCAAAUGUAUAUUCGUCGGUCACGUUCCAAUGGGCGUCAAAGAAAAUAUUUACGAGCCAGAGAACAUUCAAUCGGAGAACAGUGAGUGCGCUGUAAAAAACAUUUCGACGAACAAUCCUCGAGUAGUACUGGAGCAGUGCUCCAAUGCUCUUGGGCUAAACAGAUCAAUACCAGACUCCAGACUGGAGGAGUGCAAAUUUUGGCAAUAUCCUGAAAAGCUGCCGCUCACCACAGUGGUCAUAGUGUAUCAUAACGAAGUGACAAGCGUUCUACUCCGCACCAUCAACUCGGUGUACACCAGAAGUCCUAAAAAUAUUCUGGAAAUAUUGGUCAUUGAUGAUGCCAGCACGACCGUGAACAACACGCAAGUGCAGGAACUGAUGAACUCGUUCGGAGAUACUGGAAGACUGAUUAGAAACGAGAAACAAAUGGGUAUUACAAAAUGCCGAAAUAAAGCUGGAGAAUGGGCGGUUGGAGACGUCGUAGUGUUUCUGAUUUCUAACUGCGAGGUGGGCUACAAUUGGUUGCCGCCGCUGAUCGUUCCCAUACAAAUUUCGUGGAAGUUGGUCCUCGUCCCUGAGUUCGAUACAAUCGAUUACAAAUCAUUGAGGUACUUGUCCAACAAGGAUGCCUGUUCCCGAGAACACUUUUCGACAAAUUUUACCAUAAGAAACGAACCUUGUCCGAAAAGUGAGUUGUGGUGUAGAAAGCAUCUGACGCAGCCUUACACAAAUACAAUUUUCGGGGACGUUUUUGCAAUUAACAAAGCCAAAUUCGAAGGACUCGGAUACUUGGAUGAAAAAAUUAUGACGUCAAGUUUAUCUUAUUUGGACUUCAGUUUGAGAUGGUGGCGACGUGAUAAUUUUAUUCACAAAUCACCGUGCUCAAGAGUCGGUCGUAUUGUUUUACCUCGUCAAAACAAAAAGGACGAACUGAAAAUAUUCAAGUCUCUAAUGGAUAGGAAAAAGGAUAAUAAUAGUAGGCAGUCUGACAGGAUAUCUAAUUUACAAGGAACGAGUAAAUUAUUUGGAAACAAUGAAACAAUCAGCCAACAAUACAUCAACAGCUGAUAAUAACUAAAAAUAAUUCAACUUAAGACGACCUAGAGAAUCCCAAAUAUUUAUAAAUGCACGUAAAAAAAUCAUCAAAAAAUUAUCACUAGAAGAAAUGACACAGAAACACAGCGUGAAGGAGUAGUAGAACCUUGAGCGUUACAGGUGUUUAUCUUAGCCGAAAUACCUUAGCCGCAUAAUUAUUGUCAUUAUUAAAUCUGAAUGGGUUCGCCUAUGCAAAUCUUAUUAAACUUAAAUUUUACGCAAUCGGAACCACACUUCGUUGUGCAAUACGCACGAAUGUAAAUUGGAUUUCACGACGAUUCAUCAGACGAACCCGCAAUUUAUUCAAAGCAAUAAUCCACUUUCAAUCUGACGCAUGUACUUUUUUUCAGUUUCGUGUGUAACACGGAUUCGUGUUCGAAUUAUCAACCAUGUGUUUUGAACACAUGUUUCCGGCUUAUUCUGAAAUUCAAAUUAAUUUUGACAAUAUUUUGCACGGCGUUUAUUUAAAAUAGUAUUGUUAUGUAAACAAUUCGCAAAGGUUAGCUUUGCAACCGAUUAUAUAACACUACUCCUACAUAUUUUGCAUAAUAUAUACUAUACGAUCUCAGCAA